AACUCAUCGGCAAUUUUCCAUACGUUGUUUGUUGACAACACGCAAAUAAAUAUUCGCCUUAAAAUAAUUUGAAAAGUGCAAAUAUGAUUAUACCGAUAAGAUGCUUUACGUGUGGAAAGGUGAUUGGCAACAAAUGGGAGUCCUACCUUGGACUUUUGCAAGCUGAAUACACAGAAGGAGAUGCACUUGAUGCUUUGGGCUUGAAACGCUAUUGCUGUCGUCGAAUGCUCCUCGGGCACGUGGAUCUCAUUGAAAAGUUAUUGAACUACGCACCACUUGAAAAAUAAAUUACAGACUACCAAAAUGUAAUACACCAAUAAUCUAUAUAUUAAUAACUAGUUUAAAU